AUGGGCCAGGAGCGUCUCUGUCAUCUAGCUUUAAUGUCUCUGGAGAGCAACAAUCACCAGAAACUGGAUUUUACCAACAUCAACAAAGACUCUGCAGCUAGUGCUGAGGUCCAGGAUGAUGGCUGUGAUUUGAUGACAGUCAGCGGCAUCGACAUCGUCCUCAACCACAAGCUCCAGGAAACCAGUUACGACAAGAAGUUUUACAUGGUCUACAUCAAGGACUACAUGAAGGCGGUGAAGGCCAAACUGCAGGAAACGUGUCCUGAACGAGUAGAGCCCUUCGUGGCUAUUGCUCCAGCUGAGGUCAAGAAAACCAUUGGCAACAUCAAGAAUUUCCAGUAUUUUACAGGUGACUCAAUGAACCUGGAUGGCUCCAUCGGUCUGCUCGACUUCUGUGAGGAUGGACUGACACCGUACAUGCUUUUCUUCAAAGACAGUCUUGAGUUGGGGAAAUGCUAA